UCUCAAUUUCGACCAUCUUCCAGGAUUCAAUUUAGCAACCACUAUGAUAUCCGACUACAUCCACCUCGCGCUCACCAUCCUCGGAUUCCUUCCGAAAUUCGCUGCAACUCUCCUACUUCAACGUAUCUCAGCCCUUGCCCACAGACGCACUUACAAAGCUCUUCCGGAAGACCAAAUAAAAAAUGUAGUAGUUGUUGGGGGUUCUUUCGGUGGUUUUAAGGCAGUCCAGAGACUAGCUGCGACGCUACCAACGGGAUAUCGCGUGGUCCUGGUGGAGAAGAACUCACACCUCAACUACGUCUUUUCUUUUCCGCGAUUCAGCGUGCUGAAGGGACAUGAACAAGAUGCGUUCAUUCCAUACAGCGGUCUCUCCAAGGGCGCACCGGAAGGCAUAUUCCGCCACGUGCAGGACACGGUUACAGAAGUCACUGAACGCUUUGUAGAGCUCAAGAGUGGGGAGAAACUGCGGUACGAGUACUUAGUCAUUGCCACCGGGACGUCUUCUAGGCUUCCGAGUAAGGUGGUUUCGACGGACAGUAGAGACGCGGAGCACGAGUUAAGAGGAAUGCAGGAUGAGAUUCAGCAGGCUCGAAGGAUAGCCAUUGUGGGUGGAGGCGCAGUGGGUGUGGAACUUGCGAGCGACAUCAAAGACUUUUACCCCGAGAAGGAAGUCACGCUCGUUCAUUCGCGCGCGCAGUUGUUGAGUUCUUUCGGUCCGCGACUUCAAAACCAUGUUGCGGAAACAUUGACGGACAUGGGGAUUAUACUACGCUUGAACGCGCGACCAAAAUUUUCGUCGCAGACCAGCACGCUGCAUUUUGAGAACGGGGAAGAAGAGGCGUACGAACUCAUCAUCCCGUGCACCGGCCAGCAACCAAACUCGGGCAUCAUAUCCGCAAUGUCUCCAGCGUCUAUAUCGAAAGAAACAUCACAUAUACAAGUGAAGCCCACAAUGCAGGUUGCGGACGAUAUGUUCCCUCGCAUCUUCGCGUUCGGCGACGUCGCUGCAACGGGAGGGACGAAGAUGGCUCGCGCAGCCAUCUUCCAGUCCGAAGUCGUUCUUGAUAAUAUCCAUAAGAUGAUCAAGGGAAGCAAGGAUCUCAGUACCUACACGCCGAAUGUUGUGUUCGAAAGUGCGAUCAAGUUGACUCUGGGAAAGACUCGAGUAGCAUUAUACAUGCACAAGGAGAAUGGGCGAGAAAUACUUGUGUCUGCAAAUUUUGGAGCGGAAGAAGGGGAUGCGAAGAAGCAGUGGGCCUUCUUUGGGGCGGAUGUGAAGGAACUUGAAGAAAGGAAGGCACACGAUGAUUCGAUCGCACCCUAUUGUAAUGCUUGAUUCAUUGAUAGUACUACAAGUGGAAGGUGCUGAUCAGACGGCCUGAAGACGUUAGAUUUUUGUUCGAUAAAACCACCACCCCAUAAUACCUGAUAGCCAAGAGAAUAGUCAAGUAAUUGAUGCGAUCGGAAAGGGUGCCUAUGGCUCCUGAUGAGAUUGAAG